GACCCUCCCCCUCUCCGAGGAGUCAGUGACCUUUGACGAUGUGGUUGUGAACUUCACUCUGGAGGAGUGGGCUUUGCUGGAUCCUUCCCAGAAGAAUCUGUACAAAGCAGUGAUGCAGGAAACCUUCAGGAACCUGGCAUUCAUAGAACACAAAUAUGGAGACCAGAUUAAUGAAGAUGAAGACCAAAAUUGCAGGAAAAAUUUAAGAAGUCACUGUGAACAUAAGGAAGAUCACCAGUGUGGAGAAAUCUCCAGAAUACCAGAUCUUCAGACUUCAGCUCACAUAUUCAACAACAGAACUCCUGGAGUGAAAUUAAAUGAAAGCUGCAGGUGUAGAGAAGUCUUCAUUGACCAGUUACCCCAAAAUAUGCCCCUUAGAGCUCAUACUGUACACAAACCGUAUGAGAAUCAGGAAUGUGAAGAGAAGUCAUGUAAAUCUAAGAAACUUGGAAAAGCCUGCACUUAUGAAUCCCUUCAGAAGCAUAAAAAGACAUGUGCUAGAGAGAAACCCUAUGAAUGUAAGCAUUGUAGGCAAGCCUUCAGAUGUUUCCAUUGCAUUCAGAAACACGAAAAAAUUCACACUGGAGAGAAACCUUAUGUAUGCAAGUUCUGUGCAAAAGCCUUCACUCAUGACAGUACUCUUUUAAAACAUGAAAGAAAUCAUGCUUUUGAGAAACAUUAUGUGUGUAUGACCUGUGGUAAAGUCUUCAGUUUUUCUAGUAAUCUUCGUGUGCAUGAAAGAAUUCACACUGGAGAGAAACCCUAUUUGUGUAAGCAGUGUGGGAAAGCCUUCAGGCGCUCAAGUGCUCUUGAAGUACAUGAAAGAACCCAUACUGGUGAGAAACCUUAUGUAUGCAGGCAAUGUGGGAAAGCCUUCACAUAUUCUACUUCCCUUCAGAAGCAUAGAAGAAUUCACACAGGAGAGAAGCCUUAUGAAUGUAAGCAGUGUGAGAAAGCCUUCAUAUGUUCCAGUGACCUUCACAAACAUGAAAGGACUCACACUGGAGAGAAACCCUGUGUGUGUAAGCAGUGUGGGAAAGCCUUCAGUCAUUCCAGUGCUCUUAAAGUACAUGAAAGAACUCACACUGGUGAGAGACCUUAUGUGUGCAAGCAAUGUGGAAAAGCCUUCAUAUGUUCCAGUUCCCUUCAGUUGCACAGAAGAAUUCAUACUGGAGAGAGACCAUAUGAAUGUAACCUUUGUGGGAAAGACUUUGUAUGUUCCAGUUCCCUUCGACGACACGAAAGGACUCACACUGUAGAGAAAACAUAUCUGUCUAAACAAUGUGGGAAAGCCUUUCAUUCUGUGGGUUCCAUUCAACUUCAUGAAAGAACUCAAACUGGAGAGGGGAUACAACUUGAGACCAUAAUAUUAAGUGAAAUAAAUCAGACACAUAAGCUUAAAUAUUGCAUGGCUUCUCUUAUAUGAGAAAUUCAGUAUAAAUAAUUUAAAUGUCAGUAUAAGACAGUAGAGAUCAGGGGGUAGAGCUUUUACAAAUGGAUAGCAGAUCUAGAGAUGGAGGAGAAAGG